ACGUCAGACUAUUGUAAUCGAGCGUGAACACUCUUGUGUUGAUGUCGGCUGCUGCUGUCCCGUCCAUUUGGUAACACACUGGGACCAAACUUCAAGCUCCAAGAUGUUCUUGUCUGCUGUACUUCGCUCUGCAGUGUCGCAGACGGCCAGACAGGUCAGGAGUCUGCAUCAGUCUGCUGCUCGGGCUGGAGCUGGUGGCAUCUUUGUGCACAGAGAUACUCCUGACAACAACCCAGAUACUCCUUUUGAGUUCACCGAGGAGAACAUGAAGAGGAUCGAUGCGAUCAUCUCCAUGUACCCUACUGGACACAAGCAAGCAGCCACCAUCCCCGUGUUGGACGUAGCCCAGAGGCAACAUGGAUGGCUCCCGAUCUCCGCCAUGAACAAGGUCGCUGAGGUUCUGGAAGUUGCUCCAAUGCGAGUGUAUGAAGUAGCGACGUUCUACACGAUGUUCCUGCGUCAACCCGUGGGAAAAUACUUCAUUCAGAUCUGCACAACAACACCCUGCAUGCUCUGCAACUCAGACAGCAUCCUGGAGGCCAUCCAAAACAAGCUGGGAAUCAAGGUUGGAGAAACUACCCCUGACAAGCUGUUCACCCUCAUAGAAGUGGAAUGCCUGGGCGCCUGCGUGAACGCUCCAAUGGUGCAGAUCAAUGACAACUAUUACGAGGACCUCUUACCGAAGGACAUUGAGGACAUUAUUGAUGAGCUCAAAGCAGGCAGAGUCCCAUUAGCUGGGCCCAGGAAUGGGCGUUUCUCCUGUGAGCCUGCAGGUGGACUGACCUCUCUGAUCGAGCCUCCUAAAGGACCGGGCUUCGGUGUAAGACCGGACCUGUAGACAUUUUUAGGCCAACAUCUGCUUUUAUUAAAAGCAACUUGUCCCUGAAGCUGAUAUUAUGCCUAAUUCAAACAUGUUGUGUAAAUAAACUGUUCAUAUACCUGUG